GCAAUAGUGGCGAAAUGUCAAAAGAAUCAAAGCAGAGAGUCGUGCGCUUUGAUUGUUUUUUUUCCGCAACAAAAUAAAAAGUUUUUCUCUUUUGCGCGAAAAAAAGAGAGCAUUUCCGGUUGUAAUAAAGUGGAAUUUCCGUGGUGAAAAUGGAUCUGUCUGAUUUGUCCAAGUUACGUGUGGUGGAUCUGAAGCAGGAGCUGCAAAAUCGUGGUUUAGACACAAAAGGUGUUAAGGCUGUUCUCAUUGAGAGGUUGCGUGAAGCAAUGUCCGCCGAUGCUGAUGGAAGUGAAUCGAAUGAUGUUGAGGGGAGUUCCGAUGGUGGGGCACAGGAGGAGAGUAUUUUGCCCGAUGAAGAGUCAUCUGACGCAAGAGGCGUCACUACGCAUUCGCCGUCUCCGGAACCACCAGCGCCACCCAUCGUGGACGCCCCCGAAGAGGCAAUUCUCCUCGAUGAAUCCGAAAGUGGGGACAUUGUAAUGCACGAGGUCCCACCGGAAGUCUCCCCCGAUAGCACGGAGGACGUCACAGAGGUGCAGCAGGAGAAUCUUCCUCCCCACGAGGCACCUCAAGAGGAUGUGAAGGAAGCAUCACCAGGUGGGGAAGAAGCAACACCAGCUGGUGGCAGAGAAGUAGAAGAAGCCAGAGAGGAACCCUCCUCAGCUGGUGGAGAAGAAGAAUUGGCAAAGAAAUCCGAAGAACCCACCGAAGGGGAUGAUGAGAAGAAGUGUCCGGAAGAAGCUGAUGAUUCAGCUGUUGAUGCGUACACGCAGAAUGAGACAAUGCCAAUGGAUGAGGUGGAGAAGAAGGCAAAAGAGGAGGAAGAAGCCAAGAAGGCAGCAGAAAAUGAACCGAAAGACGAUAAGAAACGCCGUCGGAGCCCAUCUCCGGACACAACGGAGGGUUCCUCCCGACGACGCCCCCGUCAUGAUUCCCAAACAGCUCAUGCGGAUGAUUUUAUGAACAUUGAAGAUGAACCCGCCCUCCCGGAGGAUCCAUCCCUCUCGUGGGUUGACUCAGAUCUCCACAUGAAGAUCAGUGGGACAGAUUUCUGCGAAGCACGAACCCUAAGUGAUGGGGUUCUCGGGCUUAUGUGGGCCGGUGCCAGAGCCACUCAUGGUGUCACCACUGGCAAAGUAUUCUACGAAGUUCAGCUGCAGCAGAAGAAUAGCCGCGUUAACUUUCCCGACGAGAAGAAUCUCUUUGAUUUGCGCUGUGGAUGGUCAACACUCAAAACGGACCUCCAUCUCGGGCAAACGGAGAAUUCUUUUGCCUACGACGCUGAAGGGCGGAAAGUUCACGCAGGCACCGAAGAGGAUUUCGGUGUGAAGUUCACCGUUGGAGAUGUAAUUGGGGUGUACCUGGACAUGGAGUCUGAAUCGUGUAAAAUUCAAUUCACGGUCAAUGGGGAAGAUCAGGGAGUUGCUUUUGAGUUUGAGAAGGAAAAACUCGCUGGGGAGGCUCUCUUCCCGCACAUCUCAACGAAGAAUAUCACAUUCAAGGUGAAUUUUGGGCAACUGGAGAAUACUCUUCUGUCCGAGUACGUUCCACGGAAGCGUCAUCAGGAGAAGCCAAAGGAGGAGGCAGAGAAGAAGGAGGCAGAGAAGAAGGCAGCUGAUGGGGAAGAAGUGAAGAAAGAUGGGGAAACUCCUGAAACUGCUGACGCAAAACCCGAAGAAGAUGCGGCGCAAGUGGCAGAGGCAAAGCCCGAAGAUGGACAAGAAGGAGCACCAAAGGAUGCCGCUGCAGAGCCCAAAGAGGGCGGAGAAGAACCCACUGCUGCAGAAGAAGACAAGAAAACAGACGCAGAGACAAAAGAUGAAAAGGAAAAUAUGGAAGUAGAUGAGCAGGAAGAAGUUCCGGAGAAGCCAAUAAACAGAGAAACUCUCCCGGAAUACACCUUCAUCUCCCGCCUGCCGCGUGAGGAGCUCGUUGAGGGACUCAAACGCGUUGCCUCGCGGAAGGAGUGCGAGGUGAUCAUGAUGAUUGGUUUACCAGGAUCCGGGAAGACACACUGGGUGACCAAAUGGAAUGAAGAGCACCCAGAGAUGCGCUACAACAUCAUUGGGAAUAACUAUCUCUACGAUCGAAUGAAUCGUGGAAAAACCUCAAAAAGCGAGAAAUUCAAUGAUAUGUGCAACAGAAGCUUCACUGUUCUCCAAGAAUUAGCCCAGAAGAGGCGUCGAAACUACAUCUUUGAUCAGACGAAUGUUUAUGCGUCAGCCCAGAGGCGUAAAAUGAAAGGAUUUGGUGACUUCAAACGUAUUGCGGUGAUUGUUAUACCAGACGAUGAGGAAUAUAAAAGGCGUGUCGCGAGUAAAAAUGAGGGCGGUAGCAAAGAAUUAGCUGAUUACGCCGUCAAUGAGAUGAAAGCAAACUUCUCACUACCAACGCUCGAUCUUGCCUGGUUUGAUGAAAUUAAGUAUGUGGAAUUGGAGGAAGAAGCCGCCACGAAGUUGGUACAGGAUUACAUUGAUCGUGCCAAGAAGGCACUCCCGCAGAAGAGGCGUCCCUAUGAGGAUAAUCGCGAUCGUCGUCGAAGAGAUUACGGCAAUGAUCGUCGCUGGGAUCGUGGAGAUCGUCGUGAACGCUGGGAUAUGGGUGGGUAUCGUGGUCCAUCGGGAUGGCGUCCACCACCACCGCGUGAUUACUACGGCGGCGGCGGCGGGUAUGAUCGUCGUGAACGUUGGAAUGAGCCAACAUGGGUGAGUGGCAAUCGCCGCUAUGAGCGCGACUACAGGCGUGACUACGGGAGCCGCGACUACCCAAGGAGCCGCGAUAGUCGUGACAGUCGCAGUGGGCGCUCAGGACGCGAUCAGGAUUUUCGCGAACGUCGGAGCGACAACCGUGGCGGUGGCGGAGAUAAUUACGGAAGUCGCUCAAGUAGCUCACGGAGCAGUCGUCGGGAUUACUCGUCAUCCAGCCGGGAUUCGGGUAGUUCGGCCAAGAGCUACGGAAAUCCAGCUUAUGGCGCCAUGCCACCAGGAGGAGCAGCUAUGGCUGCACAGGGUGGUGCAGCAUGGGGUGGAUGGCAGCAGCAGCCGCCGCAGCAACAACAGUGGCCCAUGGCGGGGAAUUGGGGUGCUCAGGGAUGGAAUCAAGGUGGGUGGAGUACAGGUGGAGCACAGAAUUGGGGUGGAUGGGAUCAGUGGAGUGGUCAAGCAGCUAAUGGGGCUGAAUGGAAUACCGCUUCCUGGGAUGUCAAUCAGGCCGCCUACACCACAAAUAGCUGCCCAAAUGUGGACCCAGCGUCCGGACAGACAAAUUAGUUUGUGUGUAUUCUCUUUAGCAUCUAAAAAUACUAUUUUUUCGUCCAUUGACACCCCUUUCUUCGUCUUUUUCUGAAUAAAGCCGGAUUAUUCUUUCUUUUUUCUAAAGAAACUUAUUUUUUAAAUCAAUUUCUUUUCUCUUUCUAAUUCUAUUGGAGUUUAUUUAAAAAAAAAAGGUGAAAGAACCUCAAAAAAUUAAUUAAAAUUAAUUAAAAGUCCAUUUUUGGCACGAUAAAGAAGCAAUUCCUGAAUUAUUUUUUUUUAACUUUAAAAAUCCUUUUAGCUGGAUGGACGUGUAGAAUUAAAUUAAAUUUAAUGAGAAAAAAAAAGAAAGAUAAAGAAUUGAUUGUCUCAAUAUUUGAUUGUAAUUUGUGAAUGUAUAUAAAAGAGAUAAACAUCUUUUAAUCACAUUAGAGAAUAAAAUGCUAAAAGUACAAAAAAAAAAACAAAAA